GCUUUCUCGCUUCUGCGCAGAGACGCGUCCGCACUGAGGAUUGUCCCGCGCGGGCCUCCGUCCGCCCCAGGCGCUGCAGCGCGCGGAUCCCGCAUCCCGGGACGGCGGCGGCGAUGGCGUUCCGGUGUCAGCGGGACAGCUACGCCCGGGAGUUCACCACCACCGUGGUCUCCUGCCGUCCCGCGGAGCUGCAGACCGAAGGAAGCAAAGGCAACAAGGACGUGCUGAGCGGUUUCCAGGUGGUGCUGGAAGACACGCUGCUUUUCCCCGAGGGCGGGGGACAGCCUGAUGACCAUGGCACAAUCAAUGGCAUCUCUGUGCUGAGAGUGACCCGCCGGGGGGCCGAGGCUGACCAUUUCACACAGACACCCUUGGCCCCUGGGACUGAGGUCCACGUCCAGGUGGACUGGGAGCGGAGGUUUGACCACAUGCAGCAGCAUUCAGGGCAGCAUCUCAUCACAGCAGUUGCUGAUCAUCUGUUUGGGCUGAAGACAACGUCAUGGGAGUUAGGGCGACUCCGGAGUGUGAUUGAGCUGGAUAGCCCCUCCGUGACUGUAGAGCAAGUAGCUGCCAUUGAGCAGAGCGUCAAUGAAAAAAUCAGAGACCGGCUGCCUGUGAAUGUGCGAGAACUGAGCCUAGAUGAUCCUGAGGUGGAGCAGGUGAGGGGCCGGGGUUUGCCAGAUGACCAUGCUGGGCCCAUUCGAGUUGUUACCAUCAAGAAUGUUGAUUCCAACAUGUGCUGUGGGACCCAUGUGAGCAAUCUUAGUGACCUUCAGGUCAUUAAAAUUCUGGGCACUGAGAAGGGGAAAAAGAACAAAACCAACCUGAUAUUUCUGGCUGGGAACCGCGUGCUGAAGUGGAUGGAGAGAAGUUAUGGAACUGAAAAAGCAUUGACCACUCUGCUUAAGUGUGGAGCAGAGGAUCACGUGGAAGCUGUGAAAAAGCUGCAGAACUCCACCAAGCUCCUGCAGAAGAACAACCUGAAUCUGCUGAGAGACCUGGCUGUGCACAUUGCCCACAGCCUCAGGAACAGCCCAGACUGGGGAGGUGUGGUGACGUUACACAGGAAGGAGGGUGAUUCUGAGUUCAUGAAUAUCAUUGCCAAUGAGAUUGGGUCAGAGGACACCCUCCUGUUCUUAACUGUGGGCGAUGAGAAAGGCGCUGGGCUCUUCUUACUGGCAGGGCCAGCUGAGGCCGUAGAGACCCUGGGACCCAGGGUGGCUGAGGUGCUGGAAGGCAAAGGCGCAGGGAAGAAGGGCCGCUUUCAGGGCAAGGCCACCAAGAUGAGCCGGCGGGCGGAGGCACAGGUGCUUCUCCAGGACUACAUCGGCACGCAGAGUGCUGAGGGUAAAAUGAACAACAUAAAAUUUACAAUUUUCACCAUUAAAGGAGAUAAACUUAAGUGACUUGCCCAAAGGUGUCUCUUCCCACUUCAGAGCUCUGCCUCAAAACUCAGGGUUUCUUAACCCAGGCGACCUUGCAUCUGACUUACAAGUAAUGCACCAACUCCAGUUACAUGUGAGUAAU